AGAGGUAGAGAGGGAAAUGUAGAAAGGGAGAGGGGAGUGUCUGUUCAGAAAACUUCCUGUGAAGAGCUGCCGACAUACAGAGCUGAUCUAGAGAGGGAAGAAAGGAGCAAAGAAAGCUGGCGACAUCACAAGGUCCUACAGGUGAAACUCAAGUGCAUCAUUUACAUCGAGUUAAAGCCACACCAUCAGCAUGGGAAAGCAGAACAGCAAGCUCCGUCCCGAGGUGAUACAGGACCUGCUGGAAAACACAGACUUCACUGAGCAUGAGAUCCAGGAGUGGUACAAGGGCUUCCUGCGGGACUGUCCCAGCGGCGCGCUCAGCAUGGAGGAAUUCAAGAAGAUCUACGGAAACUUCUUCCCCUAUGGAGACGCGUCAAAGUUUGCGGAGCACGUCUUCCGAACCUUCGACGCCAAUGGAGACGGAACGAUAGAUUUCAGAGAGUUCAUCAUCGCCCUGAGCGUCACGUCACGCGGCCGUCUGGACCAGAAGCUGAAGUGGGCCUUCAGUAUGUACGAUCUGGACGGCAACGGAUACAUAAGCAAGGCCGAGAUGCUGGAGAUCGUACAGGCUAUCUAUAAGAUGGUUUCUUCAGUGAUGAAGAUGCCAGAGGACGAGUCCACACCUGAGAAACGCACGGAUAAGAUCUUCCGCCAGAUGGACACCAAUCGUGAUGGUAAGCUGUCACUUGAAGAGUUCGUAGAGGGCGCUAAGAACGACCCAUCGAUCGUGCGACUGUUGCAGUGUGACCCCAGCAGUGCGGGACAGUGAAUCAGCAGCGUCUCGCUACUGUCACAACCUCUCGUACACAAGUCUUUUCUCCUUCGAACAUCAGCAGAGCAUGGACUCCAAACCACAUCCCGAUCUCAGUGUCUGUGGGUGUCCCACUGA